GGAGGCGGACGUCGUGAUGACCGUGGUGGAGGACGUGGUGGUGGUGGAGGAGGCGGCGGCGGCAAGUGUAUGGUUUUGACUAAUUUUAUGUUAAGGGAAUGGGGUUUUUGGUUGAUUUUUAGCUCCAAUUUUUGGUUUCUUUAUCCUCCAGGGAGAAGAUUUUUUUUGGAAUUCUCCUGUGAAUUCCCUAGCAAUCCCCUUUUAAUUAAAUUUCUAUCAGGUUAUAACUGCGGCGGUUUUGGACACUAUGCUCGUGAUUGUGAAGGAGGAGAUGGUGGUAGCGGCGGAGGAGGUCGCGAUCGUGGAGGACGUGAUGACCGUGGUGGUGGAGGACGUGGAGGGGAUAUGAAGUGUUACAAUUGUAACAAGUAUGGCCACAUGUCUCGUGAUUGUCCUGAAGGCGGUGGAGGUGGCCGUCGUGGCGGUGGAGGAGGUGGUGGCAAUCGUAAUUGUUACAAUUGCGGACAGGAUGGUUAGGAAUUUUUUUCUUUGGGCUGGGGACAUAAAGGCUUUCCUUCUUUUUCUCCUUUAUUGUUUAUGGCAAAAGGGAGGCAAUAAAAAGUAUAAGGGAUGCAAUUUUGGGAGAAAACGGAAAGAAUGGGACCAAUAAAGUUCAUAACUCCUCGCUUAUCCUCCUCAAAAAUAAAAUUAAAUUCAGGACAUAUCAGCCGUGAUUGUCCUGAAAAGCGUGAC